AUGGGGCACCCGCCGCUGGAGUUCAGCGACUGCUACCUGGACAGCCCCGACUUCCGAGAGCGCCUCAAGUGCUACGAGCAGGAGCUGGAGAGAACCAACAAGUUCAUCAAGGAGGUGAUCAAGGACGGCAACGCGCUCAUCGCCGCCAUCCGCGGAUACUCCUCAGCAGUGCAGAAGUUCUCCCAGACUCUGCAGUCCUUCCAGUUCGACUUCAUCGGUGACACACUAACAGAUGAUGAGAUCAAUAUUGCUGAGUCCUUUAAGGAGUUCGCAGAGCUGCUGCACGAAGUGGAGCUGGAGAGGUCCAUGAUGGUGCAGAAUGCAAGUGAUCUGCUGAUCAAACCUUUGGAAAACUUUCGGAAGGAGCAGAUAGGAUUCACCAAGGAAAGAAAGAAAAAGUUUGAGAAAGAUGGUGAGAAGUUUUACUCUAUGCUGGAUCGCCACUUGCAUUUGUCUUCCAAAAAGAAGGAAUCUCAGUUACAGGAGGCUGACCUUCAGGUGGACAAAGAGAGACACAAUUUCUUUGAGUCUUCCCUGGAGUACGUGUACCAGAUCCAGGAAGUACAAGAAAGCAAGAAAUUCAGUAUUGUGGAGCCGGUGCUGGCAUUUCUCCACAGCCUCUUCACUUACAACAACCUGACAGUGGAGCUGACACAGGAUUUCCUCCCAUACAAGCAGCAGCUCCAGCUCAGCCUGCAAAACACAAGGAAUCACUUUUCCAGCACACGGGAGGAGCUGGAAGAUCUGAAGAAGAGGAUGAAGGAAGCACCCCUAACCUGCAAGCUGCCUGGGCAGCCAACCAUCGAGGGCUACCUGUACACUCAGGAGAAAUGGGCUCUGGGCAUCUCCUGGGUGAAAUAUUACUGCCAGUACGAAAAAGAGGCAAAAACCUUACGGAUGACACCCAUAGACCAGAAGCCUGGAGCUAAGCAGGGCACCUUGGACCUGACCCUGAAAUCCUGUGUAAGGAGAAAGACUGACUCCAUAGACAAAAGGUUUUGUUUUGACAUUGAAACUAAUGAAAGGUCCGGGACCAUCACGCUGCAGGCGCUCUCAGAAGCCAACCGGAGGCUGUGGAUGGAGGCCAUGGACGGGAAGGAGCCGAUUUAUCACAGUCCCAUCACGAAGCAGGAAGAAAUGGAGCUGAACGAGGUGGGCUUCAAGUUUGUUCGGAAGUGCAUCAAUGCAGUGGAGACCAAAGGAAUCACUACGGAGGGCGUGUACCGGACUGUUGGCAGCAAUAUCCAGGUGCAGAAGUUACUGAAUGCCUUUUUUGAUCCAAAAUGCCCUGGGGAUGUGGAUCUCCAGAGUGGGGACUGGGACAUCAAGACCAUUACCAGCUCACUGAAGUUCUAUCUCAGGAACCUGUCUGAACCCGUCAUGACGUACAAGCUCCACAAAGAGCUGGUCCUGGCUGCCAAGUCUGAGAACCUGGAUUACAGGCUGGGAGCCAUUCAUGCACUGGUCUAUAAACUGCCUGACAAGAACAGGGAGAUGUUAGAACUCCUCAUCCAGCACCUUGUCAACGUCUGCGAGCACAGCCGGGAGAAUCUGAUGUCCCCGUCCAACAUGGGGGUGAUCUUCGGGCCCACCCUCAUGCGAGCACAGGAGGACACUGUGGCAGCCAUGAUGAACAUCAAGUUCCAAAACAUCGUGGUCGAGAUCCUGAUAGAGCACUUUGGGAAGAUCUACUCUGGCCCCCCAGAAGACACCACAGCCCCCCCGGUGCCCCCACCCAGGGUGGCUGCCCGGCGGCACAAACCCAUCACCAUCUCCAAGCGUCCCCUGAGGGAAAGACCCGUCUUCUUCGGUGCCUCUGUGGAGGAGAGCACAGCGGAGAGGCUCAGCCAGACCCCCAAUGGUGGCAGCGUGGAGUCCCCAAGCCCCUGCACCGCAGCCGCCUGCCCGCACCCCGGCCAGGGGGGGACGAGCACGCACUGAGCCCGAGCUGGGCAAGCUGGGGAGCAGGCUGCAGGACGGAGGGGUGAAGCCAGCUGGCAGGGCAGCCAACGGGGUGGUGACCAGCCCUGCCCUGAGGACUGCCACGCUGCAGGCCAGGAGACCGGCACCCCGGCCGGGCAUGGGCGGCAGAGAGGGGUGGCCUCUAGGACCAAAUUCUUUGAGACAGCUUCCCGAAGAACAGGCAGUUCUUCAUCGCCACAAGGCAGGAUUCCAAUUGAUGAGAGCUGAGGACAAAGGCUUUGUAAGCACACCUCAGCCCAGCUGGACCCAGGAGACUUUCUGUGCUUGUGACCCAGGAGUCAGAGCUGAGCCUUGCCAGCCCCAGUGCCCUGGAGAGCAGCUGUCUUACCAGACGAUGAUUUCCGAGCCACAAGUGGCUCAAGAAAUUAAGAGAAGGAGACCACGAUGGAGAGCAGGUCCUGCCCACACAUGUGUGUUGAACUGUUCCCUGCCCUCCCACUUCUCCUCCCUGCAGGCUGUGACAGUGCCAGUGUGUGCCUGCACAGCUGAUGGCAGCAUGGGCAGGGCUGGGGACACGGACCGCCUGCUCACCUGCUCAUUUUUGGGAAACACACCUUGAAAAGGGUGUUUGGACAGCACAAGGGCUGAGUCCCCGUGUUUGGAUGCAAGGGCAAAACAGCUGCAGUCCCUCCUUGCCCUGAGAAGCGCCUUCCUUUGUGCUCGUGUUCCUCACUUGGUGAAUGUCAGUGUGUGGGACAGCCAUGCCUGGUGACGCUGCCCAUGGUGACACAGGCUGGGCAGGGACAGGGGAACCACUGUGCUCAGCUCUGUGGGAUGUCUCCUCAUCUCCUCAUCUCCUCCUGAACACCCCUGGCCUGGAACACCGCGUGACAGACACAGCUUGGCCAGGGGCUUGGCCUGAGCCAUGGCCACAGCCUUACCUGGGGUCAGCUCUCAGGCAGCACCCUCAGGUCAGCAGCCUCCAAGGGUGCAGCUGGGGGAAGGGAGCAGCAGGUGCUCCUCUUCCUCCACUGCCUCCUCUUCCAUGUGAGCCACACUCCCACCAGAUCCACUUCUCACAGGCCCACCAAGAAGUCUCCAUCCUGGGUGAUUGUGGUGGCCAGCACAGAGGUGCUGAGGAUCUGAAACUCACUGUUCGUGGGUCAAACCCAUUGGUUUUUUUAGAACUUCCCAGUUUCUCGUUUGCUUGUUUAUUCAUUUCCAGUACAAAAUGCCCUGUCUUUCCCUCAGCCAUGGCCCUGUGGAUGAU